AUGGUUUGGCAGAUUUGUCUAUUCGUCUUUUUGACUAUCAGUUGUUCUGAUGGACAGCACAUCUCCAGUUCAACUUUUGAACAUAUACAAAGAGCUAUAGAAAAGUUGGAGAUUGACUUCAAUACCAGUCAUUCUGAUGUUGCCAGGGGUGAACCAGUUUUUAUAGAUAAACUGAUGAGCAGCCGGUGGUCACAGACCAAAGAAAGAAAAAUCUUAUUAGCCCAGAUUAUUUCCAUGUACCACACAAUGCUGAGCAAUAUAAGCAAAUCACAGUCCUCAGAACACAUCCGGGACUUAAAAGAAGCCCUAAAAGACUAUGAAAGGAAAUACAGUGAAUACCUGGAGCAAGCCAAAGAUCUAAUUAAAUUGUCAAAAGUUUCGAUGGAUGAUUCAAAAAUCCAACGCAAAGCAGCCGCCGAGAUUUUUCAAGUUUUGCAGCAGGUGAAUGUAGAAGAGAACAGGCGAAAGAGAAGGAGAAGACAAAAUCCCCAGGUGCAGAAGGGAUACAGACCAAGCUUCAGAGCAUAG